GAGGUGUGUUGAGUUGAGGGUGUUGUUGUUCUGUCUUGGUGUUUGUUAGUCUUAUACUUCACCUCGUGUUUAUACCUGUUCUUAUACAUUCCUCCACAUAGUACGGUAAGAGAGACAAACCGCCCAAAAUGCCUUACCUCGUCCUCCCAGCCCUCAUCCCCGACAUCCGGCCCUGCUACGACGCCUACUUUGCCGCCUUCACCACCGACCCCUCCGGCUCUGUAUUGCUCGACAUCCUCUUUCCCUCGGACGUCACGUCUGACAAGUUCCGCGAGGCGCACACCAACGGCACCCUGCAGUGGUGGCACACCUCCGAGACGCAGUACACCUACAAGUGUGUCGACUCGGAGACGGGUGAGAUCAUCGGCAUGGCCCUCUGCGACGUGUUUGUCAAGCCUAGAACAGAAGAGGAGCGCAAGAUGCCAGAGAUUGGGUGGCUUCACGGGGAGCAGAGGACACGGGCGGAGAGGGUGCUGGACGGGCUUUGGGGUGCGAGGGAGAGGAUUAUGGGGGGGAGGCCGUAUGUUUACAUCCACGCUUUUGCCGUUGACCCCAAGCACCAAGGCAAGGGAGCUGGCUCUGCUCUUGUCCAGGCCAUUGUUGACCUCGGAAACACUAUCGGACUGCCCAUCUACCUCGAAGCGACGCCCACAUCGGAAAACGUGUACUUCAGAAAGGGCUUCAGGAGAGUCCCCGCGGAGAUAGCCCAGGUGGUUCACGAGGCGGCCGUGUUGGGGACCAAAGAGGACGUGGAGGUACCGCUCAUGGUGAAGCUGCCGCAGGGUGUGUAUGGAGUCAAGGUUGAUGGGAGAAAGUUGGGGGAGGUGUGGGCGGAGUGGCAGGAGGAGAGGAAGCAACAGCAGCAGCAGCAGCAGCAGCGCCAACAACAGGUUCAACAACAACAACAACAACCAGACGUUGAGGUUAGACCAUAAUAGACACGCACUUCUAGAUCUGUGCUAGAAGAAGCUUGUCACCGGUAGAUGGCCGAUGAAGGCUCCAAAAUUGACAGCUUUGACAGUUGAUGGCGC